GAGCAUUUUCUUCCACGUGGCAUGUAUCCGUUGCCUCGCACUCUGCUUCGGCUUCUUGAUCAUCUCCCCCUUCUGAAAACUUACUACUUCUCUCCCUACACUUUGAACAUAACUACAAAAGUGAUCCUCAGCAGAUUUUCCAGCCUGAAGGUGUGGUGUACUAAUACUUUAUGUAGCUGUGUGAUCUUUCACUUGACAAACACGUCAUUGGAAAAUAGAGAAGGCCUUCAGGCAGGAUACAGAGUAGAUUUCAUGUAGAUCCCACUAUCAAGAGUGGAUGCUUUAGAUGGGAGGUGUUUGUUCUAGGAAGCGGGACCAGUUGGUUGAGGAUCACAACAUACAUAGAGGAGUGCCAGGACAUUAUUGCAAGAGUAGUAGUUCAAAGUGGCUCGGGAGUUCAUCUUCUCGAUCAUCUUUCAAUGCCAAAGAUGGAAAUAGAAAAUGCCAAUCACUCAUGGAGUUGUGCAUCUCUACAAUUUGUGAAGACAUAGACAAAUAUAACAGCUUCUCAAUGCUGCCGAGGGAUAUAAGUCAACAAAUCUUUGAUGAGUUGGUUUAUUCACAAAGCCUCAAUGAAGUCGGACUUGAAGCUUUUCGGGAUUGUGCUCUUCAGGAUGUUAAUUUGGGAGAAUACCCGGGCCUUAAUGAUAGUUGGAUGGACGUCAUAUAUUCACAGGGUUCAUCUCUUCUAUCUGUGGAUCUUUCUGCUUCUGAUGUGACAGAUUAUGGAAUGGCACAGCUAAAAGAUUGCAAAAAUCUUCAAGAACUGAAUUUUAACUACUGUGACCAAAUUUCAGACCGUGGGCUGGAGCAUGUUUGCUGCCUUACAAGCCUGACAAGCCUAAGUUUGAGAAGAAACAACAUGGUUACAGCUCAGGGAAUGAGUGCUCUGUCUGGAUUAAUCAAUUUGGUGAAAUUGGACUUGGAGAGAUCUCCUAAGAUCCAUGGGGGGCUCGUCUACCUUAGAGGCCUUACCAAACUUGAAUCUCUCAACAUCAAUUGUUGCAAUUGCAUCACAGACUCUGAUAUAAAGUCUCUUACUGUUCUAAAAAACUUGAAGGUUUUGCAAGUUGCGUCCAACAAGGUCACAGAUUAUGGUGUCACAUUUCUGCGAGCUUUGAACAAACUAACACUUCUGAACAUGGAAGGUUGCCCUAUAACAGCUGCAUGCUUGGAAUCUCUUUCAGCGCUUGGUUCUCUCUUGUAUCUCAAUCUUAGUAGAUGCCAUUUGACUGAUGAUGGCUGUGACAAGUUUUCUGGCAUACCGAGUUUGAAAGUGUUGAAUUUGGGAUUCAAUGGGAUUUCAGAUGCUAUUUUCAUACACCUCAAAGGUGGAAACUUGAGUGUAGAUGAAAAAACUUCAGAAAAUUCAGCUAUUACCUGCUGCCAUAUUUCUUCCUUCUCCUUCGGUUUACCAAAUUUGUUGACCUUGAACUUGGAUUCAUGUGCAAUUGGAGAUGAAGGGCUGGCCUACUUAGCUGGACUUCAAAGUUUGAAGUGUUUAGAGUUGUCUGAUACUGACGUUGGAAACAACGGACUUCAACAUCUCUCAGGCUUAAGACGUUUGGAGAGCUUGAACCUAUCCUUCACUGCGAUAACAGAUGGUGGAUUGAGAAAAUUAAGGGGUCUAUCGUCACUUAGAUCCCUGAACUUGGAUGCCCGCCAGAUCACUGACAUUGGCCUUUCUGCUCUUACAAGUCUAACUGGUUUAACCCAUUUGGAUCUGUUUGGAGCUCGUAUUACUGAUGCAGGGACGCACUAUUUAAAGCAUUUGAAAAGCUUGAGGGGGCUGGAAGUUUGUGGCGGGGGGUUAACGGAUACAGGGGUGAAAAACAUAAAAGAUCUGACGGCCCUCACUCUGCUCAAUCUUUCACAGAACAGUCACCUCACUGACAAAAGCCUGGAAGCAAUUUCGGGGCUGACGUGUCUCGUGUCUCUGAACGUAUCAAAUUCGCGGGUAACAAGUGCCGGGUUGGAUCACCUGAAGACACUCAAGAAACUGAAAUCACUGACAUUGGAGUCGUGCUUCAAAGUCACUGCAAAAGACAUGAAGAAACUCCAGUCUGCCCACCUUCCCAACCUCCUUGUUUAUAGGCCGGCUGCCCCCACUGUAUGACCCCUCUUCCCUCGCGAUACAAGAACAGGAAGAAGAAGAAUUUAGAUUGAGAAGCCACUUAUCCAUCGAGCUUCCUCCUCCUCUGUGUAUACAUCUAAUAAAAAGCGCAAGCAUUUGCUGAAUUGUAAAUAUGACGCAUGGCCAGGCUUAUGUUUUUAUGGCCAGGGGUGGAACUUUACUUAUUGUAAAAAAUUGUAAAUCAUACUCUUCAAAGUAUUUAGUGGAAUAAAAUAUGUGAAAUGUCUA